AUGAAAUUUUUAUAGUAAUGUUCUUUGAUAAAUUUUUCAUAAGGUCCUUCAGAAUAAUAACCAAUCAGAUUUUAUCAUGAAAUAUUUGACAUAUAAAGGAAGACAAAAAUUUUAAUUAUUUUUAAUCAGGACCAUUAAAUCAUAUACUAAUAAAAUGAAGUUAUAUUGAGAAUGUACAUUUAAUUUAAGUAAAUAAGUGAUCCAUCUUAAGAAACUCCAGAUCUCCUGAGGAAUUUGGAUUAGAUCAAAAAUCUUGAAUGGUAAGUUGAUAAUGGAAAAAACAAUAAAAAAUUAAAAAAAUGGAGAGCAUUUUGGAAAGGAGAAAUUAUUCCUGAAGUUGGAGGUUACUAAGAAAAUGAAAUAAAAUAAGGUUUAUGGAAAGAGUUAUUUUAGUAAUAUUCCAAGUAAAUUUGUAUUAGUAAAAUAACAUAGUCAAGCUAAAGUAUAUGAGAUAGGAGAAUAUUAAAUGGAUAAUAGAUGUGGCAGAUGGAUACAUAUUUAAGAAGAAAAAAAAAUGUAUUUUGAAAUUAGAAUUUUGAAUAGCGCUGGAGGAUACUAUGAUGAGAAGGGUUAGAAGCAGGGAAAAUGGUUUGACAUGAGCGUUGAUUUUAAUAUUAAUUCUUAAGUCAUAUAUAAUGGUUAGUACAAUGCUGGUAAAAAGGUUGGUUUGUGGGAUACUUAUUUCGAUUGUAAAGGGAAAAAUUAAAUAAUGUAAUCAGUAAUUAAGAAAAGAUAACUGGAAAACUGGUAGUGGGGGAGGAGUAUAUCAGAAAGAAAGUUCGAUUAAGAUUGGAAUAUGGAUUGAACUAAGGGAUGGCUUUUAUGAGAAUUCACAAAUUAUUUAUAAAGGAGAAUAUAGUAAAAAUGGUUAAAAAAUCGGCAGAUGGGAUACUUUGUAUAGGAAAAAUGAAGAUUACGAAAUAAUGUAAAAUUCAUCCAAGAUUUUUAGUGGUGGUGGAUAGUAUGAUGAAAAUUGUUCGAUUAAGACCGGAAAGUGGAUUGAAAUAAGUGAUAAUUUUGAGUAUUACUCUCAAGUCUCUUCAUAAGGUGAAUACAAAAACGGAGAAAAAAUCGGUAGAUGGGAUAUUUUUUAUAAGAUAAGUGACGAAUUCAAAUUAAUGUAAAAUAAAUCUAAAUUUUUAGUGGUGGUGGAUAAUAUGAUGAAGAAGGUUCAAUUAAGUUUGGAAGGUGGAAUGAAUUGAGUGAUAUUUUUCAUCUGGAUUCAUAAGUUAUCUAUUAAGGAGAAUACAAUAAAAAUGGUAAUAAGAUUGGUAGGUGGGAUAUUUUGUUUAGAGGAAAAGAAGAAUUUGAAUUAAUGUAUAAUUAAUCUAAUAUUUUAGUGGUGGUGGAUAGUAUGAUGAAGGGAGUUCAAUUAAGAUUGGUGAAUGGAUUGAAUUGAAUGAUUCGUUUAGCAUAAGUUCAUAAGUAAUUUAUAAGGGCUGGUAUAAUAAAAAUGGUAAAAAAGUUGGAAGAUGGGAUAUUUUGUUUAGAAGAUGCAAUAAAUAUGAAUAAAUGUAAAUUAUAUUCAAUUUUUUUAAGUGGUGGUGGAUAUUAUGAUGAAGAAAACUACAUGAAAAUUGGACAUUGGAUUGAAUUAUAUAAUAAAUUUUAAAAUGAAUGGGAAAUUACAUAUACUGGUGAGUAUAAUAAAAAUGGCAAAAAAGUUGGGAAAUGGUUAGAAAUUGAUAUAGAAAGGAACAAAAAAAGUAUUAUAAGAAGUAUAAAUUAUGAUGAUUGA